AUGAGUCUAUUACCCGGCAAGGGCCAAGGCCAGGAGGCCCAGCGGACGCAGCAAUCUCAGGAGGACCAGCAAUUUCAUGAAGGUGUUGCUCAGGAGUACUUUACACAACAGGAUGAGACUCUCGAGGCAGGUCCUAGUCGAGCCCGAGGACAGAAACAGUCUCCAGCGAAGAUACCCAGAAAGCGCAAGUAUCCAACGAGUCCAACGAAAAGAGGUCCUGGUCGGCCAAGGAAGGCUGAUAAAGGCACAGUACCAGAUGUGCCGGACAGUAUGAUGGGUAUUAUGGAGUUUUGA